AUGACUGGUGCAAACUCCCUCGUGGCAGCCACCCGGCUGAUGAGCCGCAUGCCUAUUGCCCAUAUGACCAAGAUGGCAGCAGCAUCCACACAAGCCAGGGGCCUGUCUACCACGCCCCCAGCACAAGGAUUGUCACUCCUCCAGGACAAACAGAAUGGCUUCGGCUUUGCGAGAUCGAACCCGAGACCUGCUAAGCCUCGAAGCAAGGGCGUUACGGAGAUUCGAGGCCCAUACUACUCGGCAAUGGGCAAGCGAUAUCUCGCAGAUGUACUCGAAACAAUGGGAAACCAUGUUGACGGACUGAAGUUUGCUGGGGGCUCCUUUUCCCUGUUUGAGGAGAAACCCCUGCGCGAAUUAAUCGAUCUUGCCCAUGAACACGAUGUUUACGUCUCUACGGGCGGCUGGGCCGAGCAUCUCCUCACGCACCCCGACGCAAACACCGUAUUUGACCGCUACUUGACCAAAUGCAAGGAUCUGGGCUUCGAUGUUGUCGAACUCUCCUCGGGCUUUCUGUCAAUCCCUGAGGAUGACUGGCUUCGACUCGUUGAUAAAGUGCACUCCUACAAGCUCGAGGCAAAGCCAGAAUUGGGAAUCCAGUUCGGUGCCGGGGGAGACACUCCAGCAUCGGGACUGGAAGCAAUUGGGACUUCGGAUCCGGCGAAGCUAGUGAACUUGGGGCGAAAGUUCCUCGACAACGGAGUGAAGCGGUUGAUGAUCGAGUCGGAGGGAAUUACGGAGAAUGUGAACUCGUGGAGAACGGACGUGGUCUCGAAAAUCAUGAAGGAGCUUCCUUCUGAGCGUGUCAUGUUUGAAGCUGCAGAUCCCAAGGUAUUCAAUUGGUAUGUUCGAGAGUUUGGGAUCGAUGUCAAUGUAUUCGUCGAUCAUAGCCAGAUCGUGCAGUUGACCUGUUUGCGAUCUGGCAUUUGGGGAACUGCGGAUACCUGGGGAAAAGUUGUUUCAUUCCGGCCAGAGUGA